GUUGAAAGAGACGAAGAAAUUCGGGAUUUCUCCUAUACGAAAAGGGUUCACAUCUGAAUAAUGAAUCAUAAACAAUGAAUUAUAAAUUCGCGACAUUUAUUUUUGACAUACGUUCACUUGGCGUGAACAAUUAUAUAAACAGAGAUUCUUACCGAUCAGUUUCGGAUGUUAGGAAUGAAAAGUAUAAUCACCAAGUUUGACACGUGUAUACUUAGUGUAGGUAUAACAUUUUGAAGUGUGAAAUACGAGAGGUGAAUGUGUCGAGAAGGGACUUGGAUAAAAGCAAUGUUAAACAUUUCAAGUGGUUAUAAAUUUUACGAAAAUUAUAUUUCGCGUUGCACGGUUGUUCGAAAAAACUAUUAACUGUUAAAAAAAUCGUGAAGUGGUAUGAAUCACCAAGAAACAGAGAACCUGGUCCACUUGAGUGAGGUGAUAUCGGCCAAGAUAAAGCAGUCGGGGUAUUUCAGUCCUCCCUCAUUCUCGACGAUUGAAAUUUUAAUGGACUCAAUAAUUCCCCAAUUUUUCGAAACGAGCAACAGUUGUUUAAACGACGUAGAAACAGAGCCUUCGCGAACAAUUCCCGAUAAAUCGUUCGUUCAUUAUAUCAAAUAUCAAUACGAAUAAAUCGAACGCCUUUAACCCCCGUCUAUAAUGGAAAUAACACGGAGGCAAGUAAUACAUCAAUAAAUCUAUGGUUACACUAUCGAGUAUCGCGGAGGUUUUCUAUCUCCUUCUUGUCCGAAGGAAACCGGAUCGUGCCGUCUUUUUUCGACGUCCUGCAAGUGUGAGCAGGCUGUGGGCAGGAAGCAGGAGGGUGUGUAAGGCCGCGAAAGAGCGAGCAAAGUAGCCAACCCAAGCAGAGGUAGCGCGCUCACCGCUUACCUGGCAGGUAGUUAGGUUCAUUCAGUGUAUUGCUUGCCACUGUUGAGCUUGAAGCAUCAACUCCCAACCGCUGAAGACUCACCCCAAUUUCCGUGAACGCUGUCAGUGCUCUCUCAAUCGAUAAGCAUAGAACAUCUAUAGUGUAUUUGCCGUGACAUCAGUCGACGAACCGUUUCGUCCGCGAUCUUUCUUCGGCAUUAACUGGGAUGAAAAGUCUGUUUUCGCGAUGUUGAUAUCGAACGGAACAACGUUGACGGGUGGUAGCGAUUAUUCUAGUGUUGGCGGACUGUCGGGCUGUUGUCCUGUUCCCGUCACCCCUUCCAGAGGGGCCAUCGUUAACUGGAAGAUGGAUCCUGUGGGUUUGACGACACCGAAUACUGCGCCAAUGUCGACACAGAUCUCGAUGCCGCCGACAGUGGCCUCAUCACCCUCAAUAUCUAGCUCGGUGGCACCUUCCACUCCCACAGGAACCGGUUCUCUAGGAGCUUCAGCCUUGAGAGAUUUAUAUGGAAGCGCAGUCUCAGCACCCGGUCAUCCCCUGGCUUCGCUGGUGUCACAACAGCGAUUCCUGGAGCUUUCUAGAUUUGGGCUGAGGCAUUACGACCUUGCUCAGCAUAUGUUAUCGCAACAAGGAGCAGUGACCAAAUUGCUAGGUACUUUGAGGCCCCCUGGUUUGAUCGGCGGAAGCAAACCAAAAGUAGCAACACCAGCAGUAGUAUCGAAAAUAGAACAGUACAAAAGGGAAAACCCCACAAUUUUCGCAUGGGAAAUACGAGAAAGAUUGAUAUCAGAGGGUGUAUGUACAAACGCAACAGCACCGUCGGUCAGUAGUAUAAACAGAAUUCUCCGCAAUAGAGCAGCAGAAAGAGCUGCUGCGGAAUUCGCCAGAGCCGCUGGUUAUGGAUUAUACCAUCCUCAUCCUUACGCUGCAGCGGCGUUCCCUUGGCAUUCUCCCCUUUGGCCUGCUGCUCCCUUGGCACUUCAGCCAUCAGGACAUGGUUCAACAGCGAUGGCUGGAUCCCCAGGAUCUUCUGGAUCACCGCAUCAGGACCGAAGCUUACUGAGCUCUUCCCCUGGUAAUAUGAUCGAUAACAAAGACGACUCCAGCAUGGACAGCUCCGAGCAACCUAAAUUCAGGAGAAACAGGACCACUUUCAGCCCUGAUCAACUUGAGGAACUCGAAAAAGAGUUCGAAAAAAGUCAUUACCCCUGUGUUUCUACGAGAGAGAGGCUAGCCUCCAAGACAUCAUUAUCGGAAGCAAGAGUACAGGUUUGGUUUUCCAACAGACGGGCCAAAUGGAGACGGCACCAACGUAUGAACCUGCUCAAAAGAUCUUCUCCCAAUACCCAGGGAAAUCAGUCCUCGAUAUACACAGGACGACUCACACCCUCCCCAAUCUACACAGGAGGUUCCACCCCUGGCUCACCCCACUCCACGUUGGUUCGAUCGACUGCUCCCGCUACUUCCCUAUUACACCAAAUGGGAGGGGAGAAUAGCGCCUUCAAAGCUCUGGUACCUAGCAACAAUUCGAAGGAAAAUGCAAGGCAAAUGAGCGAUUACUUGUCGGAUUCCGAAGAGGAGAUCAACGUGAACGACGAGUCGGACUUGGAGGACGCCGAAUCGAGAUUCUCCAGUCCUGUCGAAGUCGUAGAUUCACCAUCCAAAGAACAACCACCUUGUCAGCCACUUCAGCUCACGAUGCACGAUAGGGACUAACACGAAUUAGUUUCACGACAGUUUUCCACAACCAAAGCAAUAUGUAAUAGGUACUAAUUUAUAUUACAAGUGUACAUAAACUCUAUUGUUAAAUUUAAGUUAUUCAGACUGAUGUCAACUUGUUCCUUUACAACAAUACUAUGUACAUAUCUUUCGAAAUCAGUUGGGGUUGUGUACUUGAUCUAGUUAUCCGUAAAGCAAGUUUCUCUUUUCACCAAGUUGUGUAAGUGAUGCGCACAAAAAUGUUCAAAUAUAUUGUAUAUAUUCUCUUUUUUGAGGGACGUUGUACAUAAAGUUCCUUUGUUAUUGACAAUUGCAAAUAAAUCAGUUGAUGUAAUGUUAAGAAGAAUGAUAUUGGGGAAGUUGCCUCGAAAUACGAAAUAUUGUUAAGAAUAUUAAAAAAAGUUAUAAUAAAAA